AUGAAUUAGAAUAAAUUAUAUGAACCUAAGGUUUGCGAAAAGGAAUAAAAACUUUAUUAUAUGAAAUAAGAAAGCUAUAAAAAUAUAAAUAUUUUUGUUUGCUAUGACUUAACAAAAAAAGCCUUGAUACCGUUGAAAUUUGCAAAAUAUUCAACCAAGAUAAAACCUGGUUUGUGCAUAGUAGAAUUAGAAUUAAUAUAUUCUAGUGAAGAAUAGAAUGAUCGAAUAGAACUGGAAUACGUUUUUUCAAUUAAUGAAGAUGCAGUUGUUACUAAAAUGGUUGUAGAAUUAUUUGGUGCAUGCUAUCCUAUUUUUACUCUUUUUAUUUAAGAAAAUCUCAAAUCCUAUUCACUAUAUGCCAUUGUUUUUCCUUGUUGUAAACCUUCUUCAUAAUCUUAUUUAGCUUCCUCCUUUUCCUUCACUACACCAUAAACUUUAAUUUCUCCUAAUAAGCAAUUGAAAAUUACUUUUGAAUAUAUAUAACCUUUAGAGGUUUUUCUUAAUAAAUUUUUGAAAUUUAAUUUAUUCCCUAUUGUUGAUCAAAAUUAUGUAUCUUAGAAUAGAAAAACAAUGAUUGGUAUUCAUGGCAUAGAGAUUUAUGAAUAUUUAAAUAGAUUAUUUAAGAUUAAUGAUUUCAAGUUUUAAUUUAGAUAAGAAAUUGAAGUGGAAAUAGAUUUUGGAUCACCCAUUAAAUUUUGGAAAUCUCCUACUCAUAAACUGUAAUCAACAAAUGCAAAAUAAAGUGAAGAUGUAAAAUCUUAUGGAAAUAAUAAAAAAUUAAUACUUGUUUUAUAGGAUAUUCCUGAUAAUUAUGAACCAACGAAAUAAUUUACAUUACUUUUUUCUUCAGAUGAAAUUAAUCUACCUGACUAAAUAUUGAUUUAGAUUGAUAUAGUUAAAGGAAGUAUAGAAGAAUACUCAUCCACUAUUAGGAAAUUUUUAGAGAAAGGAAAAAAUUAUUCUUUAAUAAAAAAGAAAUUCUUAUUAAUUUUAAGAAAAAAACUAAAACUUACUUAGAAGAAUUUGUGA